CGUGGCGCUGUGGUGCCAAAGGUUUACUUUUCGUCUUUAAAACCUUCCGCUGUACCUUUUUGUAAGACACUCUCAUGAUCUUUACCGAUCUCAGUGGCACCUGUUCGGGUGCAGUCGGAUAGCACAGUAUUGAAUUAAGUUUUUUUUACCAGAAGAUAGUUGAUAACAAGUCUUCUCUCCACCGUGUCUCCACCUCAAAUCAGUUCCAAUCCAUAUUUACGUGGUGUCACAUUCCCAGCUGUUUGUGAUAAAUGCAUUUGAAAGUAUUAAAAGUAAUUUUAAUUAUGUUUAAUUUAUGUCUUUUCUUUACAGACGAUUUUGAUGAUUCUAAUUUAGAUAGCUUAGGUGACGGGUUAGAAAAUAGCGCAGAUGUUGAUAAUAACAAUACUGGCGAAGGUCUGACUAAUACGAGUACAAGUAGCGUAGAUUUGAAUAUUAACAAUUCUAACAAUGAAGGUGCUGAAGGCAAUGAUGAUGAAAAUGAGCACGACGAAAGAGUUGAUGAUUUUUGGACAGAAGCGUAUGGCUUUUUAAAUAAUUUUCAAAAUUUGAGAGAAGCUUUGCGAUAUUUGGCAAUUGCUGGUCAUCUUUCCCGCAGUUUCUUAAAUUUGCUCCUGGCAAUAUUAAGAAAGUUUGGUCAUCCUGAACUUCCAAACGAUGCUCGUACGCUCCUAAAAAUUCCCAAAGUAGGCAACGAGAUACAAAAUGUUGUAGGUGGACAUUUUUGGUAUCCUGGGAUUAAGGUUGCCAUUAGAAAUUUUUUCAAAAGAACCAUCCCUGAGACCAGUGAUUUUAAUCUACAAAUAUCUACCGAUAGGCUUCCACUUUUCAAAAGUAGUUCUACCCAAUUUUGGCCUCUUCUUUUCAAAGUCGAAGAAAUACCUAAUUGUCCAGUAAUGGUUGCAGGCAUAUUUAGCGGCGAAAAAAAACCAGGCAAUUUAGAACAGUUUCUUCGACCUCUCGUGGAAGAAUUGAAUACGUUGCACCUUACUGGUAUGCAGUUUGGUGAACGUACAAUUCGUGUGCGUGUCAAGUGUUUGAUAGCCGAUGCGCCAGCGCGGGCUUUUAAAAAGUCGGUUUUAGGGUUUUCGGGAAAGCACGGAUGUACCAAAUGUACUAUCCUUGGUGAACAUGUUCAACCAGAGGGUAAAGUAAUUUUUGAAGGUGUUUUCGUACAGAUAUUAGUUUUCGUGCUAGAGAUGAUAAGCCACAUCAUAAAUCUAUCCGAUCGCCACUGGAAGACGUCGUGGGAUUGGAUAUUAUUAAAGCGUUUCCAGUUGCCGAACGACUUCACCUUCUUGACCGCGGUGGUAGCCGUAAAAUUUUAGAAGGUCUUAUUAAUAAUAAAAUGCUGACAUUUCCAAAGUCGACCAGUGAACAAAAAGCCAUCGUUUCUCGCUUUUUAAUUAAAACCAAACUUCCUUGUGAGAUCCAUCGCCCUUUCCGUUCUCUGAAUUAUCUUCCAUAAUGGAAAGCUACAGAAUUUCGAACUUUUUUACACUAUAUUAGCCCCGUAGUUUACAAGGAUCUUAUGCACAGUGAUGGCUACAAUCAUUAUCUGCUUUAUUUCUGUAGCAUUACUAUAUACUCUGCUUCAACAUAUAACCACUUGCGGCCCCUUGCUCAAAAAAUGCUUCAAAUGUUUGUCUUGCAUUUUCCUACUCAUUAUGGUCGUACCCAUAUGAGUAGUAAUGUGCACAAUCUGCUUCACGUACAUGAAGAUGUUGUUGAGCUUGGACAGCUGGACAACUUCUCGGUAUAUGCCUUUGAAAUUUUGUUUUCCAAUAUCUUAAGCGUUGUGUUAGAAAGGGAACGAAGUGUUUGGAGCAAGUAGCAGCUAGAUCGAAAUUAUAUGCCUCUAUUAACGUAGCAUCUUUUAGUAAAAAUCAGUAUCCUUGUUUGACUACAGAUGGUUGUGGGUUGCAUGUUUCAGAUAGUUUUGUUUUAAAAUGUAAUUUUAAAGACCAAUGGUUACUAACAACAUCAAAUGAAAUAGUAAAAUUUUUAAGAGUAGAAAAUCCUAAAUAGUACCUAAAUAAGGAAAAUUAUUUCAUUGCUAGAAUGGAGGAUGAUGUGUCAGUAGUGGAAGUACAAUCUAGUGCCAUUAACAUUUAUAAUCUAAUUUCCUAUACUCCUUCUAAACCUGUAACCUUAACCCUAGAUAAAAUAAAAUGUAAAUUAGUUCCUGUUAAUUUGCCUCCUCGUCCUCUAGCUUACUUCAAUGUAGAUGAAUUUGUAGACAAUACGCCUCCUUCGGUAUUAUUUAUUCCUUUGUUACAUUGUUUUCUUCAGCAUUAAUCACAUUUUAAUUGUAGUUUAAUAUUUUUUUUUGUUUUAUUCAAUAUUAUUGUUUUCUUUUAUAUGUAGCUUGUGUUACAUGUUCAGUUAAUUUCUGAUUGUUUGUUACAUAGUCUGCCUUUUAUGAUGAUAUUGAUGGAAGUAAUUUAAUUAAGUUUUAACUUAAAGCUUCUAAUUAAAAAAAGAAUGUGCCUGCAUAGUUUUGAGAAACUCGCGCGUUUAGUAAUUGUAGCUCGACCAAGUUAAAGCUUAGUCGUAUCCAACAUUUACUCGGUUAGCCUUCGAGAUUAAAUUAAAAAUGUAAAUAUUCCAACGAUAGUUUCGUUCCCUCAAUUCUAUGCAGGGGUACGAGGUUGGCCAUCAAUAUCAUCAUAUUAUAUUGGUAAAGGUGGUAAUGGUGAUAAUAUCAUGAUAAUUGGUAGUGGUAAAAUGAUUAUGAUAAAUAUAUCACAUUAAUUUCGCCUCCCUAGUUGUGCAUGUAGGUGUCAGUUAUAUGUGCAAGCUGAUGCUCCAGACUAUCCGGAUCCUCAGUACCGUGACCAUUCGUACCGUUCGACUAUCGGACCAUUCGUACCGUGAUGUAGGCAGUGAGUUGUCAACCAUGGUAAUUACCCAGGAUACACAGUAUCUGAUACCUCAGGCUGGAUUUUAAGCGAUCCGUACACCAGCAUUCGGGUGAGUAGACAGUGACCAAAUGAAUGUUAUUUCCGAUGCCGCCGAUUCUUAGCUUUAGGAUUUGUUUUGCAAUGGUUGCAGGUUUAACCCGAGUUUCUCUCUCUUUUUUUCUAUUUGUAUCUUCAAAAUAACGGAGGCUAUGUCCCUAAUCCUGAAAUCUUUUGGCGGAAUCCCCGUAUAUAAUGUAAACGUUCUCCCGGAGCUUCGGUGAUGCGCUGGCAAUAGAAAGUGUUUACUAGACACCAAACUCCCAAAUUCGUCGUGUCAUGCAUGGACUUGUGAUGUUAAAGGCAACGUUGGCAAUGAUCCUUACAUAGUGUGAUUAUGUCAGAAAUGGUUCUUUUGGAAGUGACAAUGAUGAAACCAGAAACUGUAACCGUAUGUUCCUGUCAGUAGUUCUUUGCUACGUUUGUAACUUCGUAGCAACUGGCUUUCAUGUACUUCCUCUUCAGAAUAUUAUCAGUAUGGUGCAGUUUCAAAAUCAUUCAUCCUUUCAACUCCUCAUCCGUACACCCUCCACUUUUUUCUUAAUUGUUAGGAGGAUGUUUGUGCAAAGGUGCAGAGAUGUCGUUACCCCUCCUUUCCCCUUUCCAGUCCAUGACAUCUUUGGUAGUAGUUCUGAAUCAAUUAUUAUGUUGAGGGCAUUAGUUUUGGUAAACUUCACAUAAAAUAAAGCAUCUUUAGGUGCUCAGCUUGAGUUAGCAAUGAUGAAGAUGACAUAAAAGUAACGAUGAUAACAAAUUCUUGUUAUACACUUGGAAGAGAGUCAAGAAGCAUGCGCAUGAUCUUUAGAACAACAAAAGUGAGUAGAAAUUAAUAUCAGCCUUCUAUCAACAGCAAAAGAGGCUUGAAAUAAUACGCCUUUCUACUUACAGGGCAGGAAACGGAUGAGAUCGAAGAAGCGAAAAGUUGAUAGGAUGUCGAUCGCAUUAAUUUAUGAAGUUAUACGAUACAUGUUUUUGGAAGAAACGCCUAAGCAUUUACAACAAUAAGCAGAUAAGUCAUUUGUAUAA